GCGGCGGCGUCCCGGGAGCCCCGCCACAGAUCGCCGCCAAGGCACCCGGAGCGGCUCGGCGCGUGCGCGCAGUUGCUCCGGAAGUGACGCAACCGGAAGGGCUGCCGGCGCUGUGCGAUGGCCCAGGAGGCGGUUGCGCGACCGCGGGAGGAAACCUUGUCAUUCUGGAAACGGGAGCAAGCCCUGCUGAAAGCCCGCGUCGUGGACUGGGACACGGAGGCGUGGCAGCGGGAUCCCGCCUUCCCCGGGCUGCACAGGGUCGGGGGCGUGGAUGUGUCCUUUGUGAAGGGCGACAGUAUCCGAGCCUGCGCCUCCCUGGUGGUGCUCAGCUACCCUGAGCUCGAGGUGGUGUAUGAGGACUGCCGCAUGGUCAGCCUGACGGCCCCCUACCUGUCAGGCUUCCUGGCCUUCCGAGAGGUGCCCUUCCUGGUGGAUGCUGUACAGCGGCUGCGGGAGAAAGAGCCCAGCCUCGUGCCCCAGGUCCUCUUUGUGGAUGGAAAUGGGGUGCUCCAUCCUCGAGGCUUCGGGGUUGCCUGCCACCUCGGUGUCCUCACAGGCCUGCCCUGCAUCGGGGUGGCCAAGAAGCUGCUGCAGGUGGACGGGCUGGAGAACAACGCCCAGCACAAGGACAAGAUUCGCCGCCUGCGGGCUGGGGGAGACUCGUUUCCUCUGAUGGGAGGCUCUGGGGCCGUCUUGGGUGUGGCCCUGAGGAGCCACGAGCACAGCACCAAGCCCCUGUACGUCUCCGUGGGCCACAGGGUGAGCCUGGAGGCGGCCGUGCGCCUAACCCACAGCUGCUGCAGGUUCCGCAUCCCGGAGCCGGUGCGCCAGGCUGACAUCCGCUCCCGAGACCACAUUCGCAGGAGCCUGGGAGGCCCUGGGCCCCAGCAGGAGAGCAGGAGCCAGGAAGCACGGAGGCCAAAGGUGGGCCCCGAGCGAGGCCCCGAAGAGCGUCCCGGUGAGGGCAGGGCCCCUGAGGCCCGUAGUCCAGGCCCCAGGACACACACAAAAGCUCCCGGCCCAGGUGCCCAGGAGCAGUAGGGCGAGGGCUGGGCCGAGCGGUGCUGGACCCCCUGGCGACAGGCCACCUGCCACCUGCUCUGGCCUCAGAACAGUUACUGCCCCUGGGGCUCCUCUGUGGGGACGGCCCCCGAGCCACAAGUUGGGUGCUCGGACUCUGAGGCCCCAGAACGCUGUGCGCUGCCUCCUGCUACAGGGCAGGGGCAGGUGGGCACUGCACACCCGAGACCUGGAAAGCACUGGACGGCCGUCCCAGCAGCUGCCCGAGGGGGCUCGGUGGAGGCCAGGCGCUUUUCCGGAGCUGCCGCACCCAGAGUGCGCAGAGUGGACGCCCGAGGCUGUGCCUCCGAACGUUUCCGGUUUUGCCUCUAAACCAAGCCCCGCCCUGUGGCCUCACAGAGGGGCUUCAGCGGAGACCUGGGAGGGUCCAGGUUGGGGCGGCCACCAUCAGGCCGGGCCCCUGGCUGCCCUGCCUGCCUUCCAGCUGCCAGGAGGGUGGAGCACAUCUCAGCCUGGAGAGGGCCUGCAGUGGGGGACAAGCAGGGGCGGUCCGGGCACCCGACGUGGCUGGCACCGGUGCCCGAGGGGCUGCAGGUCAGGGCCUGGGAGGGUGGGUGGCCCGUCUGCACUGGGUCCGAGGGCGAGAAUUCUACCCUGUCCCUGCCGGCAUGGCGCCCUCCCCAUGCCAGCCCCUCACCCAGAGGCCUUCUGUGGGGAAACAGCGCUGCCCUGGCCACUCUGAGUGUGCCCCCCACACCGCUGCCGCCCCCAGUCUGACACCUGCCUGUUCACCCUGCAGCCCCUCCCCUGGCUCCCGUGGAACCUGCAUCUCCUCAGGAGCACUCACUCCCACCCCCGAGAGGGAGCCCUAGACCACGCCCCUCGGGGCCCACCCACCCAGCUCCUUCCAGACCCCCUGCCUGGCUCCCCGAACCACAUGGGGGGCAGCUCUGGAGGGUACCUGGCUGGGCCUGACCACCUCCUACCGACUGGUGUCCGCGAAGCUGGGCCUCAUGUGGGUGCUCGGAGAAGCGGGGCCAUUGAGGCCAGGGUCGGUCGCCACCAGUAUGCAGGGCCGAGACAGCUGCUGGUGAUAAGGAAGAGACCAGAAGGUUAAGUGGUCCUUCCACCCACCAAGCCCCGCUCGCUGCCGCAGCACGUGACAGAACUGGAACUGCACGUUUCCCCGUUGGGGUCCCCCGUGCCCCUCGCCCCCCCUGCAGUGAGGAGGAGGCCGGCAUCUGGAGAUGGGUGUGCAGACCUGUGAGCUUACCUGAGUAGGGUUUUUUCCUGUAGGAGAUUAAAGUCACAUGAGAAUGACCACUUGAAAUCCAGUUUGUAGGUGUGCAGUUGAGUGGUUUUCUGUGCACUCAGGGUCUGGUGCGGCCAUCAGCACUCGGGCCCAGAGGCCCACUAGGACCAGGGCGGGAAGCUCCCUUCUCCCCUCCCACCUGCCCCGGCAGCCACUGUGGCCCUCGGCCUCUCCAGAUUUGCCCACUCUGGGUGCCACCCCUCUGUGCACCCUCAGCGUGGCCACGGGCCGGCGCCGCAGUUUCACAGACAAGGAGUAACGCCAUCGCGUGGGUGCACCGAGUCUUCUCGAGGGGGUUUCUCUGCGGGGCUGUUGUGAACAGUGCUGCAUCUGAGCGUGUGCGCAGUUCUUGGGGGUUUGUGCAGGAGUUUCUGGCUCUAGGGGGCUGUGUGACUGCAGCCCUGUCCCCAACACCCCUGUCACCUGUCUGUGGUCUGGGUCCCUCGUUAAUAGUUGUGGUUCCCGCCUCCCUGAUGACCAGGGAGGCCAAGCCCUUUUCACGUGCUGUGCCUGUUGCUCCUCCCCCCUCCCCCUCCCACCCU